UGAUGAUGAUGAUGGAGCUAAGAUGGCAGACCAUCUGAGGGUGCUGCCUCUCGGGGGUCAACACAUUUCCAAAUAGAAGAAAACCCCCUUCGAUCGUGUCAUUUUGCCAUUUUAUAGACUCUGUCUUUGAAGCUUAGAAGAAGAAACUCGUGCCAAUCGGACGACCGGUCGCCGAAUUAUCCCGGAUAACAAGCGUCGAUCCCGGAUACUAUUCAACGGAGACGACGUGUGGUGGAUUUAACAAUAAACGGAUUUUUUUUAACGUUACAACCGAUGGCCGGAUGUGAUCUGUCUGCUUCGAAUUUGGCCUGGUUUAUGCAUUGUGCUCCAUAACGAUGAUGUGCGCCGCUGCGGCCGCGGCCGCCGCCUGUGGGGGGAUCGUGCCCUCCUCGUCGCCGUCGACGGGGCUGGGUGUCCGGGUCAUGUACGGACUAGGAGCCGAUCUCUCCACCAUCGGGCCGGGCAUGGGUCCCUGUCCGACGCCCGGAACCCAGUCUGACUGUCGGACUCGGUAUCAGCUUUUGCUCUCAGGGAGAGCCCUGGCGGAAAGGUACCGGCGGAUUUACACGACUGCCAUCAACGAUAAAGAGCAAGGGAUAAAUCAAGGAAGGGGAAAGAAGGCUUUGAGUAAGAAGAAGCUGAAAAGACGUCAAAAAGUCAAGUCCAAAGUCAAAUCGAGGACAAAGACGGAGGGUUUCGAUGGCGCCCUCUGCGUGCCCGACAUCAAGCUGCACAGUAACCCGUCAGCGUUCAACGUCUACUGCAACGUGCGCCACUGCGUGCUGGAAUGGCAGCAGCGGGAGACCUCCCUGGCGCUGGCCUCCAGGAGCUCGGUGCAGAGCGGCGACUCCGACAGCGAGGAGGAAGAGGAGUACCGCGAGCCGGCCAUCAAGCUGCCAAAGAUUAUUGGCAUCGGCCUCUGCGGCGUCUUCGAGCUGAUAAAAGAGACACGCUUCUCGCACCCGUCGCUGUGCCUGCGUAGUUUGCAGGCCUUGUUGGACAUGCUGCAGGGGCAACAGCCUGAGGGCUUCCAGACGGAGCCUCCCGACGUGCUGGAGUCCCUUUUCCAGCUGCUGCUGGAGACCACUGUCCGAAGCACGGGGCCUAACGACCCGACGGGACAGGCCAUCACUGCUCUGUCCUGCGCCUGCCUCUUCAGCCUUGUGGUGUCCUGGGGGGACACCGGCAAGAUCCUGCUGGCCGUCUCUGCCAUCCUCACGAACAACGGCAGCCAUGCUUGCCAGACGAUACAGGUGCCCACCAUACUGAAUGCCCUGCAGAGGAGUGUGCAGGCCGUCCUGGUGGGAAAGAUCCAAAUCCAGGACUGGUUCGGGAACGGCAUCAAACGCGCGGCCUUGAUGAACAAAUGGGCGCUGAAAGGCGUCACCAUCGACGAGGACGAGCGCUGCCUCCUGCAGACCGACGGCUCGUUCCUCUACUUACUUUGCAAGGACGGGCUCUACAAAGUGGGCUCCGGCUACAGCGGCACUGUCAGGGGUCAUGUUUACAACUCCACGUCCCGCAUCAGGAAUCGAACAGAGAAGAGAUCGUGGCUGGGCUUUGCUCAGGGCUACUUGCUGUAUCGGGACACAAGUAACCACAGUAUGUCGGCCAUCAAGAUCAACCCCGAGACACUGGAGCCUGAAGGGGCAGUAACCAUGCCAGGUCAACAGUCGGAUGGGCAGAACAUACUCUUCACGGACGGAGAGCACAUCAAUCAAAUAGCAGCCUGCAAAGAUGACGGUUUUGUGGUGCGCAUCUACAACAUGAGCUCAGACCCGAGCUUGCAGCAGGAACUGCAGCUGAAACUGGCCAGGAAGUGUCUGCACGCCUGUGGCAUCUCCCUCUUUGACCUGGAGAAGGAUCUGCACAUCAUCAGCACUGGCUUUGAUGAGGAGGCGGCAUUGCUUGGAGCUGGCAGGGAGUUUGCGCUGAUGAAGACCGCUUCUGGGAAGAUCUACUACACAGGAAAGUAUCAAAGCCUGGGAAUCAAGCAGGGAGGACCUUCAGCAGGCAAAUGGGUGGAGCUUCCUGUCACAAAAUCCCCCAAGAUCCUUCAGUUCUCCGUUGGCCACGAUGGCUCCCACGCGCUGUUAGUGGCCGAAGACGGAAGCGUCUUCUUCACCGGCUCGGCGAGCAAAGGAGAGGACGGAGAGUCCACUAAAAGCCGCCGGCAGCCGAAACCCUACAAACCCAAAAAGAUGAUCAAAUUAGAGACCAAGACGGCGGUGUACACGGCGUGCAACAACGGCAGCAGCAGUAUCGUCACCAAGGAUGGCGAGCUGUACAUGUUUGGAAAGGACGCCAUUUACAGCGACAGCACUUGUCAGGUGACGGACCUGAAAGGCAACUUUGUGACUCAGGUCGCCAUGGGAAAGGCCCACACGUGUGUCCUGACCAAGAACGGAGAAGUGUGGACGUUUGGGGUCAAUAACAAGGGCCAGUGUGGCAGAGACACAGGAGCCAUGAGCCAGGCGGGCAAAGCAUUCGGCGUGGAGAACAUGGCAACAGCCAUGGACGAGGACCUGGAGGACGAGCUGGAGGAGAAGGAAGAGAAGAGCAUGAUGUGUCAGCCCGGCAUGCACAAGUGGAAGCUGGACCAGUGCAUGGUUUGCACCGUGUGUGGCGACUGCACGGGCUAUGGCGCUAGCUGUGUCAGCAGCGGACGGCCUGAUAGAGUACCAGGAGGUAUCUGUGGCUGUGGAUCUGGAGAGUCUGGGUGCUCGGCAUGUGGAUGCUGCAAGGCGUGCGCCAGGGAGCUUGAUGGCCAGGAAGCCAGACAGAGAGGCAUAUUUGAUGCUGUCAAGGAGAUGAUUCCAUUGGACCUCCUGCUCGCUGUGCCUGUCCCUCCCCCUCCAGGCGUGAACAUCGAGGAGCACAUUCAGAUCCGUCAGGAGGAGAAACGGCAAAGGAUCAACCGUCGACACAGGCUGGAGGAGGGACGCGGCCCCAUUGUUUUCCCCGGUACCAUUUUAAUGAACCAGCGCGAGCAGGCCCUAGCCAGAAUAAGACCCCUUCAGGCACUAAGGCAUAAACGGGACAAGCACAAAGAUGGAAGCAGCGAGCGUGGCGAGAAAGAUGCCAGUAAGAUAACCACCUACCCGCCCGGGGCAGUCAGGUUUGACUGCGAAGUGCGAGCUGUGCAGGUCAGCUGCGGUUUUCAUCACUCAGUGGUGCUGAUGGAGAAUGGAGACGUCUACACGUUUGGUUAUGGUCAACAUGGCCAGCUUGGACAUGGGGACGUUAACUCCAGGGGUUCUCCAACUCUGGUCCAGGCUCUCCCUGGUCCCAGUGUUCAAGUAACAGCAGGCAGCAACCACACAGUUGUUCUUCUUGUGGACGGACAGGUCUUCACCUUUGGUAGUUUCUCGAAAGGACAACUGGGCCGCCCCAUCCUCGACAUGCCGUACUGGAACGCCAAGCCGUCACCCAUGCCGAACAUCGGCGCCAAGUACGGAAGGAAGGCCACUUGGGUCGGCGCCAGCGGAGACCAGACGUUCCUGCGGAUAGACGAGGCCCUCAUCAACUCCCACGUGUUGUCUACCUCCGAGAUCUUUGCGAGUAAACACAUCAUCGGGCUGGUGCCCUCCUCCGUGUCUGAGCCGCCUCCUUUCAAGUGCUUACUCAUCAACAAAAUGGACGGAAGCUGCCGCACCUUCAAUGACUCAGAGCAGGAGGACCUACAGGGAUUUGGACUGUGUCUGGACCCUGUUUAUGAUGUUAUAUGGAGGUUCCUACCAGCUUCAAGAGAGAUGUGGUGCUACAAUGCGGUGAUCGCCGACGCCAGGAUGCCCUCCGUCACAGACUUGCAGGCUCGCUGCAGCAUCCUCAGCCCGGAGCUGGCUUUGCCCGCGGGGUCGCACGCAACCACCACCCGCUCCCAUGGCGCGCUACACAUUCUAGGUUGCUUGGACACACUGGCGGCCAUGCAGGAGUUGAAGAUGGGCGUGGCCAGCGCCGAGGAGGAGACGCAGUCGGUGAUGAAGGUCUACUCCAAGGAGGACUACAGCGUGGUGAACCGCUUUGAGAGUCACGGUGGCGGUUGGGGCUACUCUGCGCACUCUGUGGAGGCCAUCCGCUUUUGUGCUGAUGCAGACAUCUUGCUAGGCGGGCUGGGCCUGUUUGGGGGACGAGGCGAGUACACCGCUAAGAUCAAGCUGUUUGAACUGGGUCCUGAUGGUGGCGACCAUGAAACCGAUGGAGAUCUGCUGGCCGAGACGGACGUACUGGCCUACGACUGCGCUGCCAGAGAGAAAUAUGCCAUGAUGUUCGACGAGCCAGUGCUGCUGCAGUCGGGCUGGUGGUACGUGGCCUGGGCCCGGGUGUCUGGUCCCAGCAGUGACUGUGGAUCCCAUGGACAAGCCACCAUCACCACUGACGACGGUGUGGUAUUCCAGUUCAAAAGCUCCAAGAAGUCAAACAACGGCACAGAUGUUAAUGCGGGUCAAAUACCUCAGCUGCUUUACCGGCUUCCUUCCAACGACGGUAAUGCAUCCAAAGGGAAACAGCAGACCAGCGAGCCGGUUCAUAUUCUCAAGCGCUCGUUUGCUCGGACAGUCUCUGUGGAGUGCUUUGAGUCCCUGCUCAGCAUCCUCCACUGGAGCUGGACCACCUUGGUGUUGGGUGUGGAGGAGCUGCGAGGCUUGAAGGGUUUCCAGUACACCGCCACCCUGCUGGACCUGGAGAGACUGCGCUUCGUGGGCACUUGCUGCCUCCGCCUGCUGAGGGUCUACAUCUGUGAGAUCUUCCCCAUUGCCGCAAGCACCAAAGCCGUGGUGGACGAGUCGAGCAAGCUGGCCGAGUGCGUGGGCAAGACGCGCAGUCUCCUCAAGAAGAUCCUGUCGGAGAGCAUGGACAACUGCCUGACCAAGCUGGACAACGACCCGCAGGGCUACUUGUCCCAGCCCCUCACCCUGCUGGAGGCCGUGCUGCAGGAGUGCCACAACACCUUCACCGCCUGCUUCCACUCCUUCUACCCGACUCCCGCGCUGCAGUGGGCCUGCCUCUGCGACCUGCUCAACUGCCUGGAUCAGGAUAUUGCCGAGGCCAACUUUCGCACGUCCAGCAGCCGUCUGCUGGCGGCCGUGAUGUCGGCUCUGUGCAACACCUCUGUGAAGUUGACAUCCAUCCUGCCCAUCGCAUACGACGGCGAGGUUCUGCUUCGGUCACUGGUCAAGCAAGUCAGCACUGAGAAUGACUCCGCCCUGGCUCACCGCUUCCCCCUGCUGGUGGCCCACAUGGAGAAGCUAAGCCACGUGAGCCUUACCGAAGAGAACUUGAUGGGAAUGACAAGCUUCCGGGAGGUGCUGGAGAAGAUGCUGGUGAUUGUGGUGCUUCCAGUGAGGAAGAGUUUACGGAAAGAGGUGGAGCUCUUCUCGCCACACCUGGUGUCCAACACUUGUGGCUUGCUGGCCUCCAUCGUCUCUGAGCUCACAGCCUCCGCCCUGGGCUCUGAGGUGGACGGCCUCAACUCGCUGCACUCGGUCAAGGCGUCCCCUAAUCGUUUCACUAAGACGAGCCAGGGCCGCAGCUGGAACACGGGCAACGGUUCUCCGGACGCUAUCUGCCUGACGGUGGACAAGCCUGGCGUGGUCUUGGUCGGCGUGUGCGUGUACGGGGGCGGCGGAAUCCACGAGUAUGAGCUGGAGGUGCUUGCUGACGACGCACAGACGGAGCACCCUGGGGACUCUGGACAUUCUCACAGGUGGACAUCUCUGGAGCUGGUGAAGGGGACUUACAGCACUGAUGACUCUCCAAGUGAUAUUUCUGAGAUUCGCCUGGACAAGGCCGUGCCUCUCAAGGAAGGGGUGAAGUAUGCUGUCCGCUUACGUAACUACGGCAGCCGCACCGCAAACGGAGAUGGCGGCAUGACCACGGUCCAGUGCUCCGACGGCGUGUCCUUUACCUUCAGCACCUGCAGCUUGAGCAGCAAUGGCACCAACCAGACACGGGGGCAGAUCCCUCAGAUUCUCUACUACAGGAGCGAGUACGACGGGGAUCUCCAGUCGCAGCUGCUGAGCAAAGCCAACGAAGAAGACAAAAACUGUAGCCGGGCGCUGUCUGUGGUCAGCGCUGUGGUCAGAGCGGCUAAAGACUUGCUUCACAGGGCUUUUGCUGUUGAUGUGGAUGACAUCCCAGAGCUGCUGAGCUCCUCCAGUCUCUUCUCCAUGCUCCUUCCUCUUAUUCUGGCCUACAUCGGACCCGUGGCAGCAUCUGUACCAAAGGCUGCUGUCGAGGUCUUCGGGUUGGUCCAAGAGCUGCUCCCCGCCGUCUCUGCCCUCAACCAAAAGUACGCCCCGCCCAUGUUCAACCCCAACCAAUCGACAGACAGCACCACCGGCAACCAGCUGGAACAGGGCCUGUCGGCUUGCACCACCUCCAACCACUACUCGGUGAUCGAGAGCGACCACCCUUACAAGCAAGCUGGGGUCACGCAAUACAGGGUCUCCUUCCCUGACUGCGUGCGCUGGACCAGCAUCGAGUUCGAUCCGCAGUGCGGCACCGCUCAGCCGGAGGACGUCCUGCGCCUCCUCAUCCCCAGCCGCACCCUCCACCUGUCCUGCAUGGGGGGCAAACCUCUGGUCCACGACACCAUCAACACUUGGACCGAUCUAAGGAAGUUCUCAGGCACCACGGGCUGGCCCACCACAGUUCUCGUGCUACCGGGAAAUGAAGUUCUGUUUUCACUGGAAACCGCUUCCGAUUAUGUGAAAGAUGAGAAGGCGUGCUUCUACGGCUUUAAGUGUGUGGCUGUAGGUUAUGAAUUCAACCCAGGUCCUGAUGAGGGUAUCAUCCAGCUGGAGAAGGAGCUGGCGUACUUGGGCAGUGUGUGUGCCGCAGCGCUGAUGAAGAAAGACCUGGCACUCCCUAUAGGCAAUGAAUUGGAGGAGGACCUAGAGAUCUUAGAAGAGGCCUCCCUUCAGGUGUGUAAAGCCCAUGCAGGGAUCUUGGGGAAGGGUCUGGCCUUGUCCCACCCUCCCAUCAUCCUAGAGGCCCUGGAAGGGAACUUACCCCUGCACCUCCAAACCAACGAGCACUCCUUCCUGGAGGACUUCAUCACAUGUGUACAGACCUCGAGUGGAGGACGUCUAGCAAGGUGGCUGCAACCGGACUCCUACGCAGACCCCCAGAAGACGUCUCUGAUCCUGAACAAAGACGAUAUACGCUGCGGUUGGCCGGCUACCAUUGUCGUGCAGACCAAAGACCAGUAUGGGGAUGUGGUGCAUGUACCGAACAUGAAGUUUCAUCUCCAGGUGGAGGUGAAGGCCGUGCCUGUUUCUCAGAAGAAAUCGAUUCAGCCUGAGAACAUGAAAAAGCUGCAGCGACUACCCGGGACCACCUCCUCCUCCGCUGCCGCCACCUCCUCCUCAUCCUCAUCUUCUGGACCCGACCUCACUUUUGGAGGUCUGCCAGCGCCAAAGCUGGAGGCCACAUACGAACCUAUGAUCGUUAAAGAAGCUCGUUACAUCGCCAUCACCAUGAUGAAGGCAUAUGAAAGCUACUCUUUUGAGGAGCUACGAUUUGCUUCCCCUACUCCAAAAAGGCCCAGUGAGAACAUGCUGAUACGUGCCAACACUGACGGAACCUACAGUGCCAACUGGACCCCGGGAGCCGUCGGCCUCUACACAAUUCACGUCACCAUCGAUGGAAUUGAAAUAGAUGCUGGUUUGGAGGUUGAAGUCAAAGACCCUCCUAAAGGCAUGAUCCCGCCUGGCACACAGAUGGUCAAACCCAAGGCCGAGCCCCAGCCCAGCAAGGUCCGCAAAUUUGUGUCCAAGGAUAGCGCAGGCCUGCGUGUACGCAGUCACCCCUCCCUGCAGAGCGAACAAAUAGGCAAAGUGCAGGUCAAUGGCACCAUCACUUUCAUCGACGAGAUCCACAACGAUGAUGGCGUGUGGCUCAAGCUCAAUGACGAAACCAUAAAGAAGUAUGUUCCCAGCAUGAAUGGUUACACUGAGGCCUGGUGCCUCUCUUUUAACCAGCACCUGGGCAGGAGCCUUCUGGUCCCAGCCGACGAGGUCAGGGACCAGUCGGAGGACGCCAUAAAGGAGGUGAGCAGCUGCCCUUCCCACCAAGCUCCCACUCGGGUGCAGAGCAGGGCAGGGCAGGGCGGCGGACCGGGGCUUUAUAAGGUAGUGAAGACCGGCCCCUCUGGUCACAACAUCAGAAGCUGCCCAAACCUUAGGGGUAUCCCCAUUGGAAUGUUAGUACUUGGCAACAUGGUCAAGGCCAUAGGCGAGGUGGUCAAUUCAGAGGGAACCUGGGUCCAGCUGGAUAAAAACAGUGUGGUGGAGUUCUGCGAGAGUGACGAGGGAGAGGCCUGGUCGCUGGCCAGAGACCGCGGAGGAAACCAGUACCUUCGCCACAACGAUGAACAAGUGCUGCUGGAGCACGGGACGCAGACCCCGCCGCCCAGCCCUUUUUCCGUGCAGGCCUUCAACAGAGCAGCGACGGCCAAUGGAGCGCAGGGCUUUGACUAUGGUAUCUCCAACAACAAAGGUGACCGGCUGAGCGCCAUACUGAAUUCCAUUCAGUCUGGGCCCUUCCUCUCAGCAGCUCCCUCCUCAGUGUUUGAGCAAGCCACACAACCUCCCUCUUCCUCUUCUUCCUCCUCUUCCUCCUCUACCUCUUCUUCCUCCUCUCUUGUCCACGGUCCAUUUGUGUUUGGACAGUCCCCCUCCCAACUGUCUCAGCCGCAACCACAACUUCUGAAUGGUUCAGCACGCAGCCUUGCUUCUCGCGAGCGUGUGCACAAAAGCAGCGUGUCCGCGGCUGGGCAUGGCACCGCUCUCUCAUCUCUCGCUCUGAGGCAAAAGGGUGAGCGAGGGAACCUGAUGUCCGGUGCGCGCUCCAUGUCCCCGGCCUCUAAACACCGCCAGGAGAACCGUUCACCCAAACAGGAGAGUCGAGGGGGCCGCACGUCCGAACACGGUCGAUCCAAGACUGGCGAGGGGCCGCUCUCGGCCGGCGACGCCCUCAUCCUGCGGUCCGAUACGGCCAAACUGCGCUCUGACUCUCACAGCCGCUCUCACUCGCCUAAUCACAACACUCUCCAGGCCUUGAAGUCAGACGUAAGAACGUCGGGACAUCGGGCCGAGUCGCCCAACGCUGGGUCUCGCUCGUCCUCUCCGAAACAAAAAGGAACGUCCUCAUCGGGGAGGUCCAGUCCUUCCAGCACCUCCACCCAGAACUCCUCUUCAUACGACAAGAACCUCCCACCAAAGGUUAGCCCCUCAUCUAAAGCCCGGCUUGAACCACCCAGAGAGAGAUCUAAGUCCGAUUCGUACACUCUGGACCCAGACACGCUUAGAAAGAAGAAGAUCCCUCUUACAGAGCCAUUGAGGGGCCGGUCCACCUCCCCUAAACCAAAACUAUCUCCGAAAGACCCAAAUCAAGGCGUGAUCGGUAAUGUGGAAAACCGUAUUCCUUCCCCACAUGUGACCCAAGAAAACCUGCACAGCGAAGUAGUUGAGGUGUGUUCCUCAAGCGCUCUACUCUCCAAUGAUGACGGAAAUGACGAAAACCUGGAUAUCCAGGAUGGCGAGGAGGCCUCCUGCAAGGUGCACUUCAGCAUCGGCAAAGCACCAGUGAAGGAGGAACUGGAGAGCCGAUCUUCGCCCAAGAUGGGCCGCAAAACCUCCAGUAGGCAUGCACGUCCAAAGAAGGACAAAUCGGGUCCUCUUUUUAAAGGCGAGACCACGCAGAGGAUCAGCGAGCCCGCCAAGCAGGCUAUGUCACCGUCAGUGGCCGAAUGCGCACGGGCGGUAUUCGCUGCUUUCUUGUGGCAUGAAGGUAUUGUCCAUGACGCCAUGGCCUGCUCGUCCUUCCUCAAGUUCAACCCGGACCUGACCAAAGAACACGCGCCAAUACGCAGCUCCCUCGGAGGGCAGGGCGCCGAGGAGAAGGAGAGCAAGCUCAAGAACCGCCACUCUUUGGAGAUUUCCUCCGCGCUUAACAUGUUUAACAUCGCCCCGCACGGCCCUGACAUCUCCAAAAUGGGCAGCAUCAACAAAAACAAGGUGCUGUCUAUGCUGAAGGAGCCGCCACUGCCGGAAAAGUGCGAGGACGGCAAAGCGGACGCCGUCUCCUACGAAAUGACUUCCCAUCCGUCCAUGAGGGCAAAGUCCAUCCUGCCACUUACGUUGCAGCAUUUGGUGGCAUUCUGGGAGGACAUCUCCUUGGCCACCAUCAAGGCCGCCACCCAGAACAUGAUCUUCCCCAGCCCGGGCUCCAGCGCCAUCCUCAAGAAGAAGGAGCACGAGAAGGACGGUAAGAAGUCCAAGAAGGAGAAGAAGAAACGGGAAAAGGCGGAGGUGCGGCCCAGGGGGAAUCUCUUCGGAGAGAUGGCGCAGCUUGCCAUGGGUGGGCCGGAGAAGGACACCAUCUGCGAGCUGUGCGGGGAAUCUCAUCCUUACCCUGUCACCUACCACAUGAGACAGGCUCAUCCAGGCUGUGGCCGCUACGCUGGAGGCCAAGGGUACAACAGCAUCGGUCACUUCUGUGGCGGCUGGGCUGGCAACUGCGGAGACGGAGGUAUAGGGGGCAGCACUUGGUACCUCGUGUGUGAUCGCUGCCGGGAGAAAUACCUGAGGGAGAAGCAGACUGCAGCCAGGGAGAAGGUGAAGCAGUCAAGGAAGAAGCCUUUGCAGGUGAAGACCCCGAGGGCCCUGCCCACGAUGGAGGCCCACCAGGUCAUCCGGGCAAACGCCUUGUUCCUGCUGUCCCUCAGCAGCGCUGCCGAACCCAACAUGCUGUGCCACCACCCUCCCCGGCCAUUGCACUCCCAGCUGCUACCCAGCCUGAAGGAGGGCGUGUCUGCUGAGCUUCCCAAUAAAAUGAGCUGCCUCUACCUGCAGACACUCGCCAGGCAACACACAGAGAACUUUGGCGCCUACCAUGAUGACAAUCUCUUCCAAGAUGAGAUGCGGUAUUUGAGGUCCACGUCUGUUCCCGCGCCUUACAUCUCGGUCACCCCGGACGCCUGUCCUAAUGUGUUUGAGGAGCCGGAGAGCAACAUGAAAUCGAUGCCACCCAGUCUGGAGACCAGCCCCAUCACAGACAGCGAUACAGCCAAGCGCACGGUUUUCCAAAGGUCUUACUCGGUCGUCGCCUCCGAGUAUGACAAGCAGCACUCGCCUUCUCCGGCCAGAGUCAAAGCCGUGCCAAGACGCCGCGUCCACAGCGGUGAUGCGGAGGUGGGCUCAUCACUGUUGCGCCACCCGUCUCCGGAGCUGUCCAGGUUGAUCUCCGCUCACGGCUCCCUCAGCAAAGGGGAGAGGAACUUUCAGUGGCCCGUUUUGGCGUUUGUCAUCCAGCAUCACGACCUGGAAGGCCUGGAGGUGGCCAUGAGGCAUGCGCUUAGGAAGUCUGCCUGCCGGGUGUUUGCCAUGGAGGCUUUCAAUUGGCUGCUGUGCAACGUGAUCCAGACCACUUCCCUGCAUGACAUCCUGUGGCAUUUUGUAGCCUCUCUCACGCCGUCUCCUUUUGAACCCGAGGACGAGGAAGACGAGGAGAACAAGGGAAACAAAGAGAACCUUGAACAGGAACGAGUCCUCGGCGUGUGCGAGCACCCUCUGUCCGACAUCGUCAUCGCCGGGGAGGCAGCUCACCCGCUCCCUCACACCUUCCACCGCCUCCUGCAGACCAUCUCUGACCUUAUGAUGUCACUUCCUAGUGGAAGCUCGCUCCAGCAGAUGGCGCUGAGGUGCUGGAGUCUCAAGUUCAAGCAGUCGGAUCAUCAAUUCCUGCACCAGAGCAAUGUUUUCCACCACAUCAACAACAUACUGUCCAAGUCUGAUGAUGGAGACAGCGAGGAAAGCUUCAACAUCAGCGUUCAGUCAGGCUAUGAAGCCAUCAGCCAGGACAUGUGCCUGGUGACCUGCCUGAAGGACCUGACCAGCGUGGUGGACAUGAAGACGUCCAGCCGUCCCGCUAUGAUUGGCAGCCUCACGGACGGUUCCACGGAGACCUUUUGGGAGUCCGGAGACGAGGACAAGAACAAGACCAAGAGCAUCACCAUCAGCUGUGUGAAAGGCAUCAACGCCUCCAACGUGUCUGUUCAUGUAGACAACUCCAGAGACAUCGGGAACAAAGUGACAUCUGUGACAUUCCUGUGCGGAAAGGCUAUGGAAGACCUUUGCAGGAUUAAACAGGUUGACCUCGACUCCCGUCACAUGGGCUGGGUGACGAGUGAGCUCCCGGGCGGCGAUCACUAUGUGAUCAAGGUGGAGCUGAAAGGACCGGAGAACACGUUGAGGGUGCGCCAAGUGAAGGUGCUGGGCUGGAAGGAGGGCGACAGCAUCAAGAUUGUGGGUCAGAUCUCAGCCAGCAUGGCCCAGCAGAGGAACUGUGAGGCUGAAACGCUGCGCGUGUUUCGCCUCAUCACUUCGCAGGUUUUCGGGAAGCUAAUCUGCGGAGAUGCAGAGCCCACCCCAGAGCAGGAAGAGAAAAACCUGCUUUCGUCUCCAGAAGGAGAGGAGAAGGUGCCGUCAGACGCAGACCUCAAAGAGCACAUGGUCGGCAUCAUUUUCAGCAGGAGCAAACUCACCAACCUGCAGAAACAGGUGUGCGCGCACAUCGUCCAGGCCAUCCGCAUGGAGGCCACGCGCGUCCGGGAGGAGUGGGAGCACGCCAUCUCCAGCAAAGAGAACGCCAACUCGCAGCCCAGCGACGACGACGCCUCCUCGGACGCCUACUGCUUUGAGCUGCUCUCCAUGGUCCUGGCGCUGAGCGGCUCCAACGUGGGCCGCCAGUACCUCGCCCAACAGCUCACGCUCAUGCAGGACCUGUUCUCGCUGCUGCACACGGCCUCCCCGCGAGUGCAGCGACAGGUGACGUCGUUGCUCCGUCGCGUCCUUCCCGAGGUGACGCCAGUGCGACUGGCCAGCAUCAUCGGCGUGAAGUCCCUGCCGCCGGCGGACAUCAGCGACAUCAUCCACUCCACGGAGAAGGGCGACUGGAACAAGCUCUGCAUCCUGGACAUGUUCCUGGGCUGCAUCGCCAAAGCCCUCACCGUGCAGCUGAAGGCCAAAGGCACCACCAUCUUGGGCACGGCCGGUACGGCUGCGGGCAAAGGUGUCACCACCGUCACCCUCCCCAUGAUCUUCAACUCCAGCUACAUCCGGCGGGGGGAGAGCCACUGGUGGAUGAAAGGCUCGACUCCUCCUCAGAUUGCGGAGAUCAUCAUCAAACUGGUCAAAGACAUGGCAGGAGGUCACCUUUCAGACGCGUGGUCACGGGUCACCAAAAACGCAAUUGCCGAGACUAUCAUAGCGCUCACCAAAAUGGAGGAGGAGCAUCGCUCGCCAGUACGCUGCAUCGCUACCACAAGGCUGUGGUUGGCGUUAGCUUCCCUGUGUGUGCUGGACCAAGACCAUGUGGACAGGCUGUCCUCUGGUCGCUGGAUGGGCAAAGAUGGCCAGCAGAAGCAAAUGCCCAUGUGUGACAACCACGACGACGGCGAGACAGCAGCCAUCAUCCUCUGCAACAUGUGUGGCAACCUUUGCACUGACUGCGACCGCUUUCUCCACCUGCACCGACGCACACGCUCUCACCAGAGACAGGUGUUUAAAGAGGAAGAGGAGGCCAUCAAGGUGGACCUCCAUGAAGGCUGCGGUAGGACCAAGCUCUUCUGGCUCAUGGCUCUGGCCGACUCCAAAACAAUGAAGGCCAUGGUGGAGUUUAGGGAGCACACAGGUAAGCCCACAUCCAGCAGCUCGGACGCGUGCAGGUUCUGCGGAACAAGGAAUGGAACCGAGCUGUCGGCGGUGGGAAGCGUCUGCUCGGACCUCGAUUGUCAGGAAUACUCCAAACUGGCGUGCAGUAAGACCCACCCAUGCGGACACCAAUGCGGCGGCGUGAAGAACGAGGAUUCCUGCCUGCCGUGUCUGCACGGCUGCGACAAGAACACGGGCUGCUUGAAACAAGACGCUGACGACAUGUGCAUGAUCUGCUUCACCGAGGCGCUCUCUGCUGCCCCCGCAGUACAGCUGGACUGCACUCAUGUGUUCCAUCUUCAGUGCACCCGUCGUGUUCUGGAGAACCGCUGGCUCGGGCCCAGAAUCACUUUUGGCUUCAUGUUGUGUCCAAUAUGCAAGAAUAAAAUCAACCACUCUGUGAUCAAAGACCUACUGGACCCCAUCAAGGAGCUCUACGAGGACGUGAGGAGGAAGGCGCUGAUGAGAUUAGAGUACGAGGGUCUGCAUAAGAGCGAGGCCAUCACCACGCCAGGCGCGCGCUUCCAUAACGACCCCGCAGGUUUCGCCAUGAACAGAUACGCGUACUACGUCUGCUACAAGUGCAAAAAGGCUUAUUUCGGGGGGGAGGCCCGCUGUGACGCAGAGGCGGGACAAGGCGAUGACUACGACCCCAGCGAGUUGAUUUGUGGAGCAUGCUCAGAUGUCUCCAGGGCUCAGAUGUGUUCCAAGCACGGCACAGACUUCUUAGAGUACAAAUGUCGCUACUGCUGCUCCGUGGCCGUGUUCUUCUGCUUCGGCACCACACACUUCUGCAACGCCUGCCAUGACGACUUCCAGAGGAUGACCAGCGUACCCAAGGAGGAGCUGCCACAUUGUCCUGCAGGUCCCAAAGGCAAGCAGCUGGAGGGCCCAGAAUGUCCUCUCCAUGUGGUCCACCCGCCAACCGGGGAGGAGUUUGCUCUGGGCUGCGGGGUGUGCAGGAACGCCCACACCUUCUAAAACACCCCAAGACCGUCCGUCUUGGCCAACUCUUUUUUUCUCCACUGUGAUCUCUGGCUAGCUGGCGAGCUGCUGGAAGCUCAGCGCGUGAAGCUCGGCGGCGUCCUGCGCACCCUAACACCAACCCACUUCUGGGGAUGAACGGGUCCAGGUUCCGAGGCCAGCCCGGAGUCCUCAGGUGUGCGCUCCAGUAAUCCAGACUUUGGGAUGCUGCGUAACCUGAAAAAUCAAGCAAUGAUGUAUUUCAAAAGAAGAAGAGGAAGCUGUGGCGUGCUUGCAUGCGGCCGCCUUGUUCUAGAAACCUUACACAGCUCCUCAUCAACCACAUUUCAAUACGUUUGUCCCAGAAAAAAAAAAACAGGCCGUAUUUGCAGCUUCCUAAUUAUCUUACAUUUAUUGUUGUACGUAAAUACUUUUGGUAACCUUGUACAGUAUUCUCAGCUGUCAAGUGCAUCGUAAAUAGACAAAAACAAAAAAACACACAAUUGGGGGUAAAAAAAAGACUGUUAUUGUUUGGAAGGAAAAAUAGUGUCUGUAAUCUUAUGUAUAUAUAAUACUAUUCCAAACAUGAGCUGUAUUGCUACUUCUCACUUUCUUUGAUCAUUCUGGGUUUGUGUUUGGAGCCAGAACUUUUAAUGAAGUGCAAUACUGGGUGUGCCUCCUAUUUUGCAGCUGUUUCACAACAACAACAACAGCUAUGGAAUGUAUGUCAAUAAAGCCACUGUACAUUUUUAUACAGUAGACGGUCCCUGCUCUUCUAAUUAUAUCUUCUGUUGUCAUGGCAACAUGAUGUACAUGCUAUUUAUAGUACCUACCAAAUCUUAACAGCCAACCUCAGCGAAACAACACCUUGAAGGCAUCGCUCUUCACACCAAAAUGAUGACCUUGUACAUUUGUGACGCUUUCCCGUAUUAGUGGGGGGGAACAGCUGCUAUUAUAUAUAUAUGGAUACAUUUACUGUAUAUAUAUAAAAGCUCAAUAACUUGUCAAUAUGCUCUGUAAUAUCUGUGGUGGAUGGAGUGGAAUGGUAAUAAUAAACCAGAUUGUCUGU